AUGAGUGACAGCUCCGUUGUCGAAAAGCGUGACUGCAGCUCACGGGGUUUGGAAGGAAGUUACCUACAAGAGACCGCCAAUCUAGAUGAUCAUAACUUAAUUCAACCCGAUGGCAAAAGACCAGAUACUGAAUGGCCCGUUCAAACCUUCCAAGCAAUUCAAGGAAACUUCUAUAGUCAAGCACAUAGGACUAUUAAUUCAAAACCAUGUACACGACGGAGCAACUCUGAAAGUGAUCCGAUUGAACAUCGUUUAAGUUCUCCACCAGUUACAAAGGUGGAAACAUUACCUGAUAAGGCAGCUUCUCUUAAACCACAAUCAUUGAAAAAUGGAGAAAAUGACCUUAAAAUAAAUGAUAAAAAACCACCUCCUAAAAGCCAAGACUUACAUACCAUCAGGAAAGCCUUACCUAUAACUAAUCCUGUAAUAGAUUCAUUAGAAGAAAAUCACCGUGAAAUUUUACCUGAUAUCACACCUGAUAGUCACCCGUCUCCCCAUAGUGCACCUCAUGUUGUGACAGCCAAUGAAUUCGAUGUUGAACCAAGGAAUAUCUAUAUUUCUGACCCAAGAAAUGUUGUCCCAAAUGAAUUCCGACCCUCAAAUUUGAAAACACCUAAUGAUAUCAUAGAAAGCAAUUUUUUCCCUGAAUUUUCUAAUGAUGUCCCAACGCAAGCGCCAACUUCAGAGCCCCAACCAAAUAUGGAACGCAGACAAACUAGUUCUUUAAAGUCAAAUAAAUGUUUACAUGACGAUCACCAGAAUAACAUAGAAGGACACUCAAGGAGAUCCAUGUCAAAUGAUAUUUUACGCAAAGAAAAAGAGCUUUAUCAAAACCAAAAUGAUCCUUACAAUAAAUCAAAUAUUAAAAAUGACCAAGCCAUGGUAUCAGUACUAAAUGCUGAUAAAACUGGUAUAAAAUCAGGAAUAGACCUUAAAAGUUCGAAUAAAACGACAUUGCCAGCUCAUGAGAAGUCAGUAGGACGACCACGAUACAAUGACGCCAGACGUGAAAUGGCUGAACCUGCAACGGGACCCAAAAUGGGACAGUCACCCCUUACGUUGAUGCAAAGUGAAAGGGUAUGCUACGCGUGUAGCACUGCGAAUAACCCAAGUUGCUGGGCUCCCGACAAGAGGACCACAGUGAAGUACUGUCGGAAAGGAAACAACGCUUGCAUUACGAAAACUUUUGGGAAAGGAAGCACACUUACACUGAUUCGUGAUUGUGGAAAUUCUUGCGAUGACUCAAAUGCGGGAUUUGUGCCAAAAUAUAAAUCUUGCUCCAUGUGCCACUCAGAGCUCUGCAACGGUGCUUACUCUAUCAACGGAAACAGCGUCAUGUUUGCAAUAAUCUUAACAGCUAUUGUAAAAUAUUACAACUAACAUUUUUGAUUCUUGUUUGUACAAAGAAAUGUUAACUAUAGUUAGCUAUUUAACUAUAAUAUUUCACAAGACUCGAUGCAAAUGAUAAGGGUAGCUUUAUUCGUAUUCCAAGUUCCCAUUUUCUCGGUACAAUGGCUUCAAUACGGAAGCAAAGACAUUCCUCCACUUUGUAGUUUGAUUCAUUUCGUUUUCAAUAUAGCUGAUAGCAACAAACAUUUGUUUGCUUAAUUACAUUGUUUCCAAAACAAAAAGUAUUUUACAAAAUAGAUUGUACAACACUGAAUUCAGCUUUUA